CAAAAGACACACGCCAAAAUAUGUCAGCGAGUCGCUUCUCAUAUUGCUAUCCUCCUAUCAAUGAUAGGCUAUCAUCACAACGUAUCAUACCUUGGUCAUGGUGCAGCAAUCCCGCCUGACUGCUCUCCUUAUUCCUGUUCCCGACUCUGAGCGAGAGCUCUGCGGUUCUCCUGGCUCAGGAACACGACCGGCGAGCGAGGAGAUCCCAGUGCAUCGAACGCCAAAGAGCCCGGUACGAUCGCAUUUCGACGGCGAGCAGCGAUCGACUGGUGGAAGCCUUCACGAAGUCCAUUUCUCGAUGGUGCAAGCGAGGGCCCCGUCCACUGUGUACCGGCGUCGGUCUUUCCACGCGGUGAGUCUGGAAUGCUGAAACCCAUCCUUGAUUUUCUUUCGCGAGGACGAGAUACUUCGAGCUUACAAAAUGCACCGUUGUUCAGGACGCCAACGAUAGCGUGGUGUUAUAUUUCACACACAAUUGGAGUUAGCUUCCAGUCGCGUGUGAAAUCGGGAAAUGCUCUCUGCAAACAAGUCGAGCGAGUCGUCUGCCGGAAGAGGAUUCCUUUGACAUCUAUCCACAGCAGAUUGAUGCUGAACAAUUUUGCUCCAACAUCUUAUUCCUCGUCAUCAACCCCGCUCAAACAGAUCAAAUGUAUCUAUAUCGUAUUCUGCAUCCGUUCAGUUCAAUCUCAUAUUACCAUGGCUCCCCGCGGUGCCGGCGCGCUGGAUGCGCGUAAGGUGAUUCUGCUGGGAAUGGGGCUGAUCUUUGUGGCCUACUUCGUCGUGGUGAACGUCUUCUUCGACUUGUCGGCGCAGAGUCCGCACUUGACCCAACAAGCCGGUGAUACACAGGAGCAAACGCGCGAAUUCACGGAUGAAAUGGCUCAUGAGGGGGCUAACACGGGGAAAAAGGCUGCAACCCCCCAGUCUACGAGGUCCUGGGAGCCCAAACCUGACCGGAAAUAUGUGUGGCUGGACGUUGCCAUCAACGACGUGUACGUCGGUCGUGUCACGGCGGAAUUGUACGCUGACAUUGCUCCCAAAACAGUGGAGAACUUCCGAGCGCUCACCACGGGCGAGAAGGGUCCAGACUACGCGUUCAAGGGCAGCGUGUGCCACCGUAUUCUUAAGGACUUCAUCGUACAAUGCGGAGACUUCACUACGGGCACAGGGACUGGAGGUCGCAGCAUUUACGGGGGUAGAUUCGAAGAUGAGCCAAAUGGACUGCGACUCAAACAUUCCAAGCGAUACAUCUUGCAGAUGGCCAAUUCUGGUCCCAAUACCAAUGGCAGUCAGUUCUGUUUCAUGCUAAAUGCUGCGCCGCAUCUUAACGGCAAGCACGUGGUGUUUGGAGAAGUCGUGGAAGGAUUUGAGGUUGUGGACAAGAUGGAACAAGCUGGCGUCGAGAGAGACGGCAUUCCGCUGCAGCACAAGGUCAGCUUCAUGGACGGAGGCGAGAUUCUCUUCUAGAUGACAGUUUAAACUGAGGAUAGUAUGGCACAAGAAAAAUAGUGUCAGAUGCAUCUAUUCUAUUGUGUUCGUAUCCUAUGACAGAUGGCCCAUAGCUUCCGCGAACUCGAUGUAGUCUUGCACGGAUUCCUUAGAAGACACAGGCGUGAUACCAAGAAGAGCUUGAUCAAAGUGGCGCAUGCACACUUUCUCGGCAUCCAGAGACUCUCGAAGGGCGAGUAGUGCUGCUUCGCGGCAUAAAUUCUACGAGCAAUCAACGAGUUAGCGACAAGAGAGUCUCAAGCAAAAUAGAUAGUAACUGUACCUCAAGUUCAGCUCCACUGAAAUAUGGUGUACGACUAGCCAAAGCAGGUAGAUCGACAUCAUCGUUCAGUUGCAUCGGCCGUGAGUGGAUCCGCAAGAUCU